GGCUGGGAUCGAUCGCUCGAUCGGCCGCUCGGCUGCUUUCCCUGCGCGGCCUGCUUGUUGCUAGGCAGAACCCGACGCAGUUGCCUUGGUUUCUUCGGCCCCGCCUCUCGCCCGGGGGUCGGGAAACAGCGGCAGGAAGCUGGAGGGGCCUCGGUGCAGCCCGUUGUCGCUCCGCCAUGGAGCCCGAGAAGAGAAGAACCAAAGAAGAUACUUGGAAAUCAGAUGAACUUAAGAAACAUCUUAGGGUAUCACAGUCAGAUAGUCAAUCUGAAGAUAAGAAACAGAAGGAAAAGAAACUGCAAAGAGAUAGAGAGACUCAUGACAUGGUUGAUUACAAAGGAUACAUACACAAGGAUCAAGACAAGGACAGAGGAAAGGCAAAAGAAAGGACAGGUGAACGAGAGAGAUUUAAAUCUAGUGAAAGAGACAGGGAUAAGCUAAGAGAAAGGGGAAAAGAUCAUCACAGAGAACGAGAGAGAGAGAAAUUGAAGGAGAAGGACCAAGAAAAAGAUGCAGAGAAGGAAAAACACAUUACAAGAAAAGAUAAAGAGAAGGCAAGUGAUAAAGAAAGAGACAGAAAAUAUAGGAGGGAUGAUCUGAAGCCAGUGCUUAUACAGAAUAACCUGAAAGCAUCUGGAGGAAGGGAUAAAGAACAACGCAGAAGAAGAGAAAGCAAGGAUCAAUUGGAGCAAGCAAACAUAAGGGAUGACGUGAAAGAGAGAAGACAUACAGAAAGAAAAGUAAAGGAAGGAAAAAAAAGUGAGAGCAAAAAUAGUCUUGGUGAGUUUUUAACAAAGAAAGAUGAAGAAGGUGGACAUAGACACAAGUCACACAGAGAUCAAGAACUGAAUAAAGACAAAGGAAGGAGUCAUAGUGAUAAAAGAGAACAUGAACAUUCAGUUAGGGGAGGAAAGGAGAGACCUUCAAAAGAAAGAAGCCAUGAAUUGUUUGUAAAGGAUGGGGAAGAAAAAUAUGUGUCAAGGAGACCUAAAGAAGGAUCCUCCGUUGAAGACAGAGAAAGACAACUGAGAGAGAAUAAUGAAAAAAGACAGAGGGAAGAAAAUGAAAGAAAGAAAAGAGAUCUUAAGAACAGUGAGCAUAAAAAACAAGGAAAGAGAUUAAGAGAAGAAGAAGAAACCAGCCAUCAGCAUGAAAGGUACACUCAUAUAUUUAACAUUAUUAUAUAUUGUACAAUAUAUUUGUUUGAAUGAAAGUCAGAAAGGAAAAGUACAGUUCACUACCCAAACAUUGUUAAGCACAUUGUUGUCACUCAAUAAUAAAUAUGUUUUGACUACAGAUAAUUUAUGAUGUGCAUUACAGUCUUUUGGGAGGCAUUUUGAACAUUACAAUUAUUACAAAAUCUACAUAUUAUGCCAUAAAAAAGGUGAUUUGUUAAAAAGCAUAUUCAGGCUCUCUUUCCUGUUGAAUUCUUUUGAUUUUUGGUUCA